CACAGCGUCAAAAAAGGUCAUAAACUGCACCAGUCCGAAUGAGGCACGACAAAUACUUCAGUUGCGCUUCACACACCAUUCAUGAGACGUUCAUAACCUCAGUUAUAAAGCUCAUUAUAAAAAUGGUAAGUAUGUCGUCCCGUAUUUUGGCAUUUCUUCCUUUUGAUCCUCGCGCGAUCCAACAACUUCGACGUCUUCGUUCAAAAUUUCUACGAACAUUUGACCCCGGCGGAAAGUGGCGCCAGCUGACCGACGGCGCGUAUCACGUAUGGCAGGCGUUUAUUGGCCUAUCUACACUAACGGUCCUGCUCCGUAGUUCUGGUUCGGAUGAUAUACUAUGGCCUGUAGUGGUAGCGGCUAAAUCGCUAUUCGAUCUGGUGCUAGUGGUCAGAGCCGGGACUGAUCCGCUUAGUCUAUUCGGUGCCGGAUCAAGACGACGGAAAUGGAAUGUCCAGCUGUUGGACACAAUCUAUCACCGGAUCUGGAUUGUAGUGGUAACGGUCAGGCUGCAGUUCUAUGCCUCACUGGCGAUUUAUGACAGUGAUGCUAUCGAGCUCGAGCUACUUUUGCUACUGAGAAAGGUAAUAAACGUUUUACCGCGCCUUCUUUUGCACACGUUAAUCGCUGACGUCCACCAAGUAUCUGGACGCGAUGAGACCCAAUCUUCAGUUCUUCGCGAUCGGCCAACAGGUAACCCAACAAGCAAUCGUGAAGCAACGGAAGCUAAAGGGGCUGAAGUUCCACAUGCUGGAAGUAAAUAUAAGUCAGUAGCACAACAAGCCAGGGUUAAGCUCCACUCACAGCGACCCAAUGAGAAAAACGUGGGCACAAAUACUUCUUAAUACAAACAAGCAUAGUAGCUCCUAAAUAAUGUA